AUGAAUGCUUCAAAUCGGACGAUUAAGUGUGUUGUUGUUGGAGAUGGUGCCGUUGGUAAAACGUGUCUUCUAAUAUCUUACACAACAAAUAAGUUUCCAUCUGAAUAUGUUCCGACAGUUUUCGACAAUUAUGCUGUGACCGUAAGGGUUGGUGGUGAUCCAAUGAUGCUAGCCCUCUUCGAUACUGCUGGCCAGGAAGAUUAUGAUCGUUUACGUCCACUGAGUUACCCUCAUACGGAUAUCUUUCUUUUGUGCUUCUCGGUGGUCAACCCAGCCUCAUUUGCAAAUGUCAAAGAAAAGGUUUUAUAUGAGGUAGACUUAUGCUGCAGUCACCACGCACCAAACACUCCGUUUCUGUUAGUUGGAACCCAGACUGAUCUUCGUGACGAUACUGGCAAAGUAGAAAGUUUGGCACUCAAUCGGCAAAAGCCAAUUACCCCAGAACAAGGUGAAAAAUUAGCUAGAGAAAUUAAAGCUCACAAGUAUGUCGAGUGCUCUGCGCUAACACAAUAUGGCUUAAAGAAUGUUUUUGAUGAAGCGAUUCUGGCAACGCUGGAGCCGCCACGAACUAAGAAAGGUCGAUGCGGCAUUCUCUAA